UCAUACUGUGGUAGAAUGUGUCGAUAUAUCAAAUAAUUUAAAUAAGCUUGAACUGAAAAUUGUUAUAUGCUCAGCUCGUUCAGAGUUUUUGAGAGCAGUCUUGUUAUAACAAAACCACCAGAGAACUAACAAAUUAAAUUAUCUCUUGUUUUUUCAGAGCGUUUGCCUCGAGCGCCCUGUCAUAGCAGUUAUUUCUGAAAUUCAAAAAAGAAUUAUAACAGCAGCAUAAUGGUGGCAGACACAGCUUUGUAUCAAGUACUGGAAGUGAGCCCCAAUGCGACAGAUGCACAGAUUAAGAAGCAGUACCAUAGGUUGGCUAAAAAGUAUCAUCCGGACAAGAAUCACCAGGGAGCAGCUGAGGCGGAGGAGAAAUUGAAGGAGGUGAAUUUGGCGUACGAGGUGCUGAGUGACUCAUCUAAGAGGGCCAUGUAUGACAGGUACGGAAUGGAUGCAGUCAAAGACUCGUCGGGAGGUGCUUCGGGACACAUGGACGAUGUAUUCGGACACUUCUUCGGAUCCUCGGGGGGCAUGGGAGGUGGCGGCGGACACCCCUUUGAAGACAUGUUUUCUCCAUUUGGUGGGUUUGGCGGCGGAGGAAGAGGUAGACGCCAGCAGCCAACCAAGGGCAAAGAUGUGAUACACCCCCUUAAAGUUAGCCUGGAAGAUCUCUACAAAGGCAAGACGAGCAAAAUACAGCUGAACAAAACAGUUCUUUGCAAAAAAUGCAAUGGACAAGGAGGGAAGCCUGGCUCUGUGAGUGUGUGUCGCGAGUGUGAGGGUCAAGGACGGGUUAUCAAAGUUCGGCAGCUGGGACCUGGAUUCGUGCAACAGUUCCAGACAGAAUGCUCCGCCUGUAACGGACAAGGUCAGUCUUUUUUAUUGGCUGCUAUACUUAUUACAGAAGAGCCGAAUAGCAGAAAUGUUUUAACCAAUUGA